GCGAAGCUUUCCACAGAGAGCAGAUUGACACACAGGAUGGCCGGAGGCGCUGGCGUUGUGACGAGGCUGCUGCUCUUAUCGUUCAUCGGGACAGGAGUAAAUGGAGAUGACUGUCUGAUAUGUGCAGAAAGGGGCUAUAAUAUUGCAUUUCCAUGUGGUGGAAAUGUCUGCGUUCACUUAUGGCAUUUUAGCAGAAGAGAAGCAAGUGAUUAUGUCGCUCUCGUCAGUAAUGGAGAAAUCCAGACAUCUAAAUUACUGGAUGAUGGCUCGAAAUGCUCUCUGCCUAUAGAAGAUCUCACAGCGGAGGAUGUCGGACGUCAUCGCUGCCAACAAAGGCCAGGUGCUCCGGCGUUGAACCUGAUGCCUGGGAAAACAUUGUCUCUGCAGUGCGUUCUCCUUGACUCCUCGGAGCGGGGACAAUGCAGCACGGCGCCGCAACGAGGCAUCAGUCUGACGUGGGUGGAUGAGACCGACGCCGAGGUACAGGAGGACUCGGAACAUCAGAUAAAACGACGCUCUCCCUGUGAUGUAACUCUCACUCUCACUCGACUGAGCGCCCCAAGCAAGAGGCUUAGAUGCCAGAUGACGAACGGUGGACGGGUCCAGACAUCAGAGGAACUGUGGGUCCGAUCAACAGGCCCAAGGGGAAGGAGAGGGGGAUUUAUGGUUGAGCGCGACCAGACAGUUUCAGGUGGAAGGCAAAAUGUGAUUGGGGUCGGCGUGGGCGUGGUGGGAUGCGUGGCGUUGGCGGUUUUGUUGGUCGCAGCGGCCGUGAGCCGAAGACAAGCAAACAGACCGCCACCCGAAGAGUCAUUAAACACCGUCAGUGCAAACAAUGCAGUGAAUGCAGAUGAUGUGAUCUAUGCUGACAUUAUUUUCCCUGUGGGCCGUCAGGCAGCAUGGGUCCCUGAGUGUGAGCCCACAGAGUAUGCCUGUGUGCGAUACUGACGGUGAGACGUCCAGAACAUAAACUGCUGCCCGACAGCUGUCAGUGACAUUUCAAACUGUGAAACUUUCUCUGUCUGGCACAAAACUUUGACAUUGUUUCGACAGUAAUGUUUUAUUUGAAUAAUAAAUUGAAGUAAAUGAAGCCAGUUUUGGUCAGAAUUGUCAGUCUGAAUGCCAUUUAUUCUUUAUUUUAAUGUUUGAUUCUGCUGAAUCAGGUGUUUUGUGUUGUUUUUCCUGAAUUUCUCUCAGAUGUAAAUUUGAAUUUUACAGUACUUUCAUAUAAUGAAUCUGGAAUGAUGGAGAAGUGUUUAUGAAGAAUACCCUGAAGUGUGUGUGUAUGGAACUUUUUAAAUAUAAACCAAGGUCAGCAGCAUUACCAUUUGAACAGUAUGAUAAAAAAACAAUAAUAAAACGAACUCCUGGAUGGAUUAACGGGUCCAUGUUGGUGCUGCAGUGAUUUGAUCUGUUCCUGCAGCAGGAUGGUUCAGACUCUGAAUUUCUUUCCUUGUUUCCUGCUUUAACUAAAGUAAAAUGUAUUUGUUUUCU